AUGCUGCGCGCAACACCAACUCCACAAGACGAACAACACAAGGCGAACUCCACAAGACAAACAACACAAGACGAACAACACAAGACGAACUCCACAAGGCGAACUCCACAAGACGAACUCCACAAGACGAACUCCACAAGACAAACAACACAAGACGAACUCUACAAGACGAACAACACAAGACGAACUCCACAAGACGAACUCCACAAGACAAACAACACAAGACGAACUCCACAAGACGAACUCCACAAGGCGAACUCCACAAGACGAACUCCACAAGACGAACUCCACAAGACGAACUCUACAAGACGAACUCCACAAGACGAACAACACAAGACGAACUCCACAAGACGAACUCCACAAGACCAACUCCACAAGACGAACUCCACAAGACGAACAACACAAGACGAACUCCACAAGACGAACAACACAAGACGAACUCCACAAGACCAACUCCACAAGACGAACUCCACAAGACGAACUCCACAAGACGAACAACACAAGACGAACUCCACAAGACGAACUCCACAAGACGAACUCUACAAGACAAACAACACAAGACGAACUCUACAAGACGAACAACACAAGACGAACUCCACAAGACGAACUCCACAAGACGAACUCUACAAGACGAACUCUACAAGACGAACUCUACAAGACGAACUCCGUAAGACGAACAACACAAGACGAACUCUACAAGACGAACUCUACAAGACGAACUCCACAAGACAAACAACACAAGACGAACUCCACAAGACCAACAACACAAGACGAACUCCACAAGACGAACUCCGCAAGACGAACUCUACAAGACGAACAACACAAGACGAACUCCACAAGACGAACAACACAAGACGAACGCCACAAGACGAACUCUACAAGACGAACUCUACAAGACGAACUCCACAAGACAAACAACACAAGACGAACUCCACAAGACGAACUCUACAAGACGAACAACACAAGACGAACUCCACAAGACGAACUCCACAAGACGAACAACACAAGACCAACUCCACAAGACGAACUCCACAAGACGAACUCCACAAGACGAACUCCACAAGACGCUGGGCGAGGGACGGAGAGGGAGGCGCCUGUCGCUUUCCCCGGCGUAGAGGCUGA